AUGGCUACGGCAAAGCAGGCUAAACUCCCAGACCUACAAAUAGGAACUCCAAAGGCUGAAGCACUUCAGACUGCCAUCCACAAUGAACUUGUCGCACGCGGAUUCACAGUCGGAGACGACAGAGUCAUGGCAGAAUAUGUUCUCAUCAUGUUGAUCAACAAGAAAUCUCCUGGUGAGCAGAAAAUUCCAUCAAUUCCCUUGAGCGACCUCCAAGGAACGGUACUUUUGUUUGAAAUGCUUGGAGUCGACAAGGAACUUUCAGAUUUCAUUGGGCCAGACACCUGGGACCCCGCUUUUGUCGACUGGUUGUUUGUCGAAGCGAGCAAGGAGAGCCCAGGAUCAGCAGCACCAGUGGAGGAAGCUCAGUCUACACCUUCAGAGUCUGCACAGCCGCUUCAAUCGAUCCCAACUCUCGCCAACGACCAACGGGAACGAGAUGGCCGUCGAAAUGGUCCGCCGCCUCGAUUGUACAAUCAAGCCAUGUCUGGAGCGCAAAAGAGAACUCGGUCCCAAUCACCUCCUUCCGGUAGCCCGAACAAGAUGCCACGAAGAACCGACGUCCCUUCGCGACCUCGCGCCAUGAGAGACGGACCGCCCAACAAUGAGCGAAGUCUAAAGGAUCGACUGGGUGGUUUUAGUCGGGAGCAGCCACAGAACAAUAUGGGUCCUGGACCACGAUUCCCUCCAGGAGGCCCUAUGCCACCUAUGGGUCCUUUCAAUCCGGAAAUGGCGGGGAUGAAUCCAAACUUUGCCAUGACCGAGAUGUUGGUGCAACAAAACGCUCUUCUGCAGGGCCUACUCCACACCAUGGCCAAUGGUAUGCAGAUGCCGCUACCGGGUAUUCCUGGGAUGCCCGGAAUGGGGCCUGGCGGACCCCCAUUUAACGGAGCUCCCGACCAACGUAAUCGACAAAUGAAUCGUGGUCCCAACAACCAACAGCAAGGACCUCCCGGAGCAGGCCCCAUCCAGGCUCCGCAACCGGUCAACGCAAAUGCAUCGAAUCUCCCUCCUGACCUCUUUGACCGACCCAUCUCCCCUACUCUCUGCAAAUUUGGCGUCAACUGCACCAAUGCACUCUGCAGAUGGUCACAUCCAUCGGCUGCUGCGACGGCCGAGUCGGGUAUCGUACUCUCCACAGAGGCGUGCCCGGCCGGCAGAAAAUGUCAAAACAAGGAUUGUACACUUAGUCAUCCAAGUGCUGGGACGAAUAUGAGCGGACCGAUGCCUCACGCGCGACCUCAGGCAGUUUCAGCUGCUCCGGCAGCGUCGUUUAUCAACACAGUUCCUUGCAAGUUUGGUGUCAACUGCACGCGACCUGGCUGCCCAUAUUCUCACCCGGCUGGAACCGCUGCCUCUAAAUCUGCGAUCCCUUGCAAAUUUGGGAUUCACUGUACUCGUGCGGAUUGCAUGUUCAGCCACCCGCCUGGACGCGUGAAUCCGGCGUCGUUUAAAGGUCUAUCGGGUCCAGCCCCGGAGAAGGCGCACGCCAAUCGGACAAUGCGGUUCAACACGUCUGCUGCCGAGUUUGUACCAAAAGAACAGUCAGGGACGCCACAGGCUAGUGCAAGUGGACCAGGCGGGGCCGACAAGGGGGAUGGCGCGCCAGCGACUGGUGCGGGUGCUCAAGACUCGAAUCCAGAGGUUAUUGCAGCGCGAUGA